AUGGACACCGCCAAGGCUCCGGUGAGCAGCCAAAACCCCUCCAGGGAAGGACGUGCACCCCUUUCGAGGCGAAGCGCAUCCGCUACAGCAGGUGUCGGAAUCAAGGUUGAGUCUCCGGAGCUUAGGGGUGUCCAUGACAUGCCAAAGGUACUGUCCCAGAAAAAUGAUAUUGAUACUAUAACUACACCUGGGCAACGGACAGGUCAGAAGAUCGUGAUGAAAAAUGCGCCUGGGUUUGCCGGUGCCGUAACCUCCACGCAGAGUGGCAAUGAAAUGCACGACAGAAAGACAAUAUCAGAACCCAACUUAUUAAACCAAGACGACGACCCACAGCACUUGUCACGGGACCUUGUGGAACAGCUUGUGCCCUUAAAAUCAGACGUCAUCGAACCGAUGGACAUUGACAUAGAAUCGGUGGAGACAUUUCGAAUCUCUUUCAACAAUCCAGCGCCGUCAAAUCCUUCUGUGAGCAACAUAAGCGUUGCAGAGAGGACACAAAGCGUCUCACCUCCACCCCCUGGAGUCGGACAACAGUCAAAUAAGAUAAAUCAAUCGCUCAGAGAAAUUCGGCGUAAGCUCACCCUCGAGACUGUCACAAAGACAGUUAUUGAACGCAAGGAGAGCGAGAAAGUGGUUUCUAAUAGGAACACUGGGCUGGAAGAAAAGGACGCUCAUGUCGCGUCCACCAGCAAGGUUGAGGAGCACAGCAAGCGCAAUGAAGAGGUGAUCGAGUCCUACGGAUCGAAAACAGAUGCGCAAGCACCUGCGUCACAUGUUACACAAGCUGCAGCAGCAGUCGCAUCUACAUUGUUUGCCUCCGAAUCGGUGGAUAACCAAAGCUUCAGCACCGCUACGGACAUGAAAGAAACCGCUGAAAAAGCUGCUGAAAAAGCUCCUGAAGAAUUGGACCACGCUUCUUCGAAACCGAUUUUACGAAUCCCAAGCACUGAGGCUGUAUCGCCGCCGACCGAAAAGAAACUUGGGUUCCAGGGGAUUGAAGAUAAACCCGAGCAGAAGAAGGAAUCUACUCCAGGAGACGACGAUGAUGACAUCGAUGAUGCGCCUCCUCCACGUCUUAACUUCAGGCGCAAGGACUCUAUCGCGGUCACAAAAUUGCGUAUGAUGAAGGCCGCGGAAGAGGGGCCGGAAAACGAAGAUGAGGAUGAGGAGGAAGAAGAGGCUGAUGAUGAUAAGAAGCACCCAAUCUUCAAGCCUCCGACCGUGAUCGAUAUCAAUGAAGACUCGCCGGCCGAUGAAAAAUCUCCGACUUCCACAAAGACGCCGGAGCCUGCAAAGCCCGAUGCAGGCGCAAAACCUCCGGAUUCCACAAAGGCGCCGGAGCCUGCAAAGCCCGACGCAGCUGCAAAGUAA